GUGGGCGCGCUGGGGCGGCUCAUCGUGGGCAGCCGCUUCUCCGCGGAGUUCGACGAGGACCCGCGGCGCUGGCGGCUGGCUGCCGAGGUGCUGACCAGCGCGGGGCUGGCGCUGGAGGCGUCCACAUGCCUGGCGCCGCACCUCUUCCUGCAGCUGGCGUGCGCGGGGAAGUUCUGCCAGGCGCUGGGCAAGGGCAUGGGCAAGCCCGUGUUCCGCGUCAUUCAGACGCACUUCGCGCGGGCGGCCAACGUGGGGGCGGUGGCGGCCAAGGAGGAGGUGUGGGAGGUGGUGGCGCAGAUGGCGGGGCUGGCGGCCAGUGUGGCGCUGCUGGGGGGCGUGCAGCGGGCAGGUGGCUCCGACGCCUCCGUGCUCUCCCUGUGGGCCGCCAUCCAAACCCUGCACGUGGCCCUGCGCUACCGCGCCCUCACCACCCUCACCUUCCCCUCCCUCUCGCUCAAACGGGCCGCGCUGCUGGCAAGCGAGUGGGUGCGAGGCAGGCCGCUGCCUGACGUGGCAGCCGGCAACGCGAGGGAGCCCGUCAUGACCGAUCCGUGGGACGUUCGGCCGCGGGUGCGAAUGGGGUGCAGCGUUGCCGAGGCGUAUGGAUCCGGUUUCGGAGCUGGUAGUAGUAGGGGGGAUGAGGGGGGCGAAACGUCUGGGUCCUUGUCUGGGUCGUUAAAGCAGUGGACGGGAGGCCUGGUAGUAGCCGGGUCGGGGGUGACCGGGAAUAGGGAUGAGGGGCGUCACAAGGAGGGGACAAAACACGUGCCAGGUGCCGCCGCAGCAUCAUCACAGGCAGUGGCGCUGCUGCUGUCGUACAUUGAGUUGUACGACAAGGAGGGUUACGUGUUGGUUUGGCGAGCAGGUACGGCACAUGUGGUGCUGAAGGAGGGGCACACGGGUCGGGACCUGUUGCGGGCGGUGUGGCAGGCGGCGUGGCUGGACUGCUGGCGGGGUAGCGGCAGUGGCAGCAGUGGGGAC